AUGAGGGCUACACCUAUAUUAAAUCGAGGCUUCAUGGGCCGAAGUCUCGACGAGUUCAAAAGAUUAUCUUUGUUCGCAUUAAGAGCAGAAGGCGUAUCCCGCGCAACGAGACCCUUCCCCCUCAAAGACUUCCACAAUGCCGAAGAAAUCAAAAGCUGUAAAGUGAUGUCCGACAAAGACAUUGGCGGCUUCUCUAUAUCCAAUUUAGACUUCAUUCCGCCCUCCACAGAUCCUAAGCCACCACCCUCCGAAAACAAGAACGGCCACGCCAGGUUCCACGGCAAGAUAUCAAUCGAGCUUCCUGUCAACAGACCAGAGAUACAGCGAUCCGGCUUUGCAGCCUGGCGCACAUACGAUCGCCCUUUCACUGUAUUUGGAAAAGCAUUAUGGGACAUGGAUGCCUACGCCUUCCUGGCAUUAAGAAUCAAGAGCGACGGUCGGAAAUACUUCGUUAACCUCCAAACCGAGAGUAUAGUACCUACAGACAUCCACCAACACAGAUUAUACGCACGGCGACCAGGCGAAUGGGAGACGGUAUUAAUCAAAUGGAGCGACUUUGUGCGGACGAAUCAUGGCGUUGUGGUUGAGCCGCAGAGGGAGAUGUUGAAGCAGAAGAUCCGGACUGUAGGCAUUGGUCUCAUUGAUAGGAUACCAGGGAAUUUCGAUUUGAGUAUUGAGAGAAUAUGGGGGACGAAUAAGGAGGAAGAAGAGCUUUUCAAGGAAGAUGACCGGUUGGAGGAGGGGCAAUUAAAGAGUAAGCAUGGGGCGAAGAUAAAGUGGAAUGAAAAGUCGUAA